AUGUCCAUCGAGAACUCGGUAGAUGAUUUUGCAUAUCUCACGGACCCUGACGAUGAUGAGUUUCGAGCAUUCGUGAGACGACAACCAGUGAUCGGGAUAUUACGCAAUCCUGGUUUUGAGUUCAGUCGUAUCGGAUCCCGAAUUUACCGAUCACCACUUGAUUCUGUGGAUCGAGCUUUCCACCAAGUCCUUAUCAUUGGGUAUGGAUUUGAUUCCAACAAUGAACCCUAUUGGAUAAUCCAAAACUCCCAUGGUGAUGGAUGGGGAGUUGGUGGCUUCGGUCAUGUUCAUCGUCGGAUUAGAUCCGGGCAAGGAUCAGAGUUUUUUGCAGUAGCUUAUCCCAUAAUACGAGGCUACCCUAGAAGUAAAGAUGAAGCUUGA